AUGGUUCAACUCAGCACAAGAUCAUCCGCAAAGAUUUUGUUUCAUGCUCCACUGGACCUGGCCACUGUCGAGCUAGAGUCUGAGAUACAAGUACUGGACGUGGGCGCAGGCGACGGCUCGUGGGCAAGAGACUUCCGGAACUCAAACGCGAUUGUCUACGCUGUCGACCUACAUGGUGCUUUUGCCAUUUACCGAGAUGAAGAUCCCAAUUACCCAGAAAAGCCCAAUUGCCCAGAAAAUCUCAAUCCAGAGAUUGACGACCUCGAUCGAGAAUGGACAUAUCAGAACGAGAUGUUCCAUUUCAUACGGCUUGGACAGUUAAGCAGUGUUACAGAUAACAAGAAAGGGGGGUGGACCGAAUUCACCUCUCUCGAGGUGGAACCGAAGGACGAACAUACGGCCUGGAAGGAAUGGAUGGACUUGCGUCAAGGCAUCUAUGAUAAGACUGGCCGCGCCUUUGAUCACUCUGGCAAGCUGGUAGACCACAUGACAGCAGCAGGAUUCGUGAAUGUCCAUCAGGAGAGAACCCUCUUCAGGAAUUGUCCCACUGCAAUUGACGUCGAAGGACUGGUCAUACUCCCCCUAUAUCUGGCCCUCGGUUGGGUCCCAAUCCGCAUCGCUGAACUGCUGGGUGACUUUGGGGAAGAGACCAUAGUGAGAGAUACGAAUGGGGAUAACUAG